AUGGCUGAAGGGACACUGGCCUCGGCAGUUGUACUGCCCGAACAGGACAACCUUCCCCCAUCACCGGAUGUUGGUUUGAAGCGAAGAAAUUCCGUUGCGGAAGCCGACUCAGAGAGCAAACGCCGUCGCCUUAGCUCACAACAAGAGCACACGGGCGACCGAUCACCUGCGGAGCGCAAACAAUCUUCCCCGGAUGGAGCGGAACGCAAACCAGAACGGAGGCCCGGCCGAGGUGGACGUGAGGAGGAACGCAAGCGUGGACAACGUCUAUUCGGUGCUUUACUGGGGACGCUUUCGCAGAGCUCGAAUUCGGCGGCUCAGAAGCGGCGUGCGGAUAUUGAACGGCGACAACAGGAUAAGCUUAAGUUGCAGGAUGAAGAGUACGACGAGUUGAAGAAGAAGAGACGGGAGGAACGGGUCGCUAUCCGGAAGAAGGAGCAGAGGCUCUAUGAAGAGGAAUCGAUGCGCACGCGACACUCGAAUCUACUGGCAAUGUCUCAUUUCCUCAAGACAAAAACUGAGCCUGUAUUAUACUAUAAGCCAUGGCAGCUUCGGUCCGGAGAUGAAGCGAUCAUACGUGAACAGGUUGAAGAAGCAGAAGCCACAGUUGCUCGAGAGGUGGCAGAAUUCGAGGCGCGUUAUCCAGCCCAUGAAGAGGAGCCUCCGAAGAAACAAGACGAGGGUGCACAACAAGAAGACCGCGACCAAGCCCCUGAACCUGAAGCAGAACUUAAAGAGGACAAGGAUGCAACCCGUGAGACUGACACGGUGGGUGCUGAGACUAACCACAAUAGAGACUCUGAAGCAGCUCCACACGAUGCUACGGCUGCUACUACUAAUAAUAUAUCUAUCAAUAAUGACCAUGCAGACGUUCAUCGAGGGGCUGACGACGACGGUGGCGAGGUUGUCGAGGAUAACGAGGAUACAGUGAUUUACUAA